AUGGAGGAGAAAAAGAGAAAGAUCGGUUUUACUGAUCUUCCGUCGGAGACUCUGUUUCAGAUCUUCAACCAUGCCAAGUUCAACGGACAUUUUGAUCCUCACGACUUGAGAUACUUUGAAAGAUGCAAUCAGAACGGUGACGAUAUCAUGAACAUUCGCUUGACCUGCCGCAGAUUUGCCAAGGUUGCAGCGCAUCUGCUCCCGCAAGUGGCUCACUGCUCACUCUUUGACGCUCAAUCUCUUGAGUCGUUUGAGCGUCUCUCGCGAGACUCAUUCUUUUCGAAACAUGUUCAAAUCGUCCAUGUUCACCUCGGCUUCUAUGAACCUCUCCUUGCCGACAGCCAGGAAGCUCUGGCAGCAUACCUCUGCACCAUGUGGGGAGAGUAUAUCCAAAGGAUGCCCAAGGAUGGUGACUUUGUCACUGAGACAAUCCCUCAAGUCAUGAAGACGGUCCAGCACUGGUCUCUUGUCGCUGACGGCCAGAAGAAGUCCGCGCCCAUCAACAAGAAUACCCCCAUCCCUGAAGCCAACAAGAAUGAUGCCCAGUUUAUCACCAGCAUGCGCAUUCUCCGCGGCAUUCACGAUGAGUAUCGCAGACGCUACCUUGCUCAGCAGUAUCUGCGCAAAUCUGGCGAUGGUAUUCGACGCCUGGCCCAGGCUAUGGCUCGCAUGCCGCAUGCAACCCGUCUGGUCUUGGACGAUGAUCGCUCGCCAGGACCAGAGCAUCUAGGCGCAGCUAUGGUUACCAUCUUGGGCGCUGGUCUACAAGCUGCUUUUGACUCGGGCUGUGCGUUGUUCGCAACUACAGUAAGCUGGGCCGCUUCCUGGCAGUUCAAAAAAGAUGACGACAUCCCCAUGAAGUCACCCCUCAGGUACUUCCGUCCUCCCUGCGACCUCAUCAUCGACCUUCCAGUUGCUGUGCACGCCGCAGGUGUCAAGCUUACCGGCCUACGCAUCUCGGGCAUGCAGAUCCCGAACGCGGUGCCAGCCUGGGACUGCUAUGAUCCUUACGGCUGGGUCCGGCAUCCUCCCUACGACUUCUCAGAUCAGAUCAACCUGGCGGGACCCGAGGCGCUCAGAGAGGCCUGCAAGGGACUCAAAGUACUAGAGAUCACUCCGAUGUACGGCGACGACUGCUUUGCCAGGGUUAGGAGCGCAGUCACCUCGCCAUUCCGGGACAUAAACGACUAUGACCUUACGCGUCUUGGCUAUGUCGUCAAGUACAUGAUGCCGGAGACUUUGACGCAGGUUCAUCUUGACUGCGCUUCUAUUGGCUUUCGCGAUGAGGAUGGCUUCCGGGAGGAAUACAGUGACAGAAUCUACAAAGCAUCUCGGUGGCCAAACCUUCAAGUGCUCCACCUUCAGAAUGCACGGAUCAAAAACACCGAGACUUCUCUGCUCAAGAUGAUCCGCCAACUGCCUGACCUCUACGACGUGCGCCUCGAUCAUGUGGGUCUCAUUGCCUUCUACCGGCCUCUGAGGAUGGCUGGUCAGGCCAGCUGGUCGUACUUGAUCGAGCAUCUCCGAAACGAAGUACCCCGCCUGUGCGAGAACAGAAGGACGCGCGGCUUGGAGCAGGAUCUUCCCAUCAUAAUCAGACGUGCCGCCGUCAGCGAGCGUACCGCCUUUGAGGUGUACUGCUGCCAGGAAAUCUACCAGGCUCAUGUCAACGAACUGUUCAAUGUCUGCGACAUCGCCGGCCGCACCAAGGUGGACAACUAUCUGCUGAGAGCCACAGAGGUCAAUCCGUUGGUCACACUCAACAAUCGCCUGGGAGGAUUCCUUUGCGAACGCCUCUUGUUCAGCGAUAUGGCUUACGACCUCAGCUUACAUGACCUGUACAAUAACAAAACACUCACCUAA